AUGCCUCCUGAAGGCUAUGAGUCGUACGAUGAUUUGCAGGUUGAAGAGCUACAAAGGAUCGCCAAACUGCUACAAGAACUCCUCGACGAGAUACGCAAGCCAAAGUUGCAACCACUGGUUGACAAGCUGGAAUCAAUCUUAGAAGGCACAGUGGACACGCGAACGGGUAGUUUGGCCGAGUGGUUGACACAAAUUACCAAUGCGUUGGGUCAACCGGGUAUGCCGGCGGGGAAUUUAUUCUAA